AUGAGAACCAAAGGAAUACCUGUCAGCGGCCCUAUGCUACAGGAAAAGGCAAAAGGUUUUGCCGCGCGUUUUGGUAUUCUCGACUUCAAUUGUUCUGCAAGCUGGAUCAGUCGUUUUAAAGUUCGACAUAACAUUGUGGCGGGAAAAAUUGUCGGUGAAUCUUCGUCUGUUGAUCAAAAUUCAACAACAAGCUGUUUGAUAUCUGUGUGGCCGAAUUUACGAAGACAAUUUUCUGAUGAUGAGAUAUUUAAAGCUGAUGAAACUGGACUUUUUUAUAAAUUAAUGCCGGAUAAAACUUUAAAAUUUAAAGGUGAAAAUUGUAGUGCAGGAUUCAUUGAAAGCCACGACGGUUUACCUAUUCAAAUAUCAGAACAUGAAUUCUAUGAAGAAGAUGACAUUCCUUUAUCUUUGUGGUCACGAAACCUAAAUUCAGAUUCUUUAGCAGCACCGGAAAUGUGGGAAGAUUAUGUUGACGUCGAUAGCGCUCUACUCACAUCCGAAGAACCCACCGAUGAAAAUAUCGUACAGAACAUUAGUGCUAAGAAACAACUCGAAAGUGAUGGGGAAGAGGAAGUCGAGGAAGAACCAUUACCUACCGCAGAAGAGGCAUUAAAUGCUGCAGAAUUAUUAUCACGAUUUGUUCACAGCAAUAUUGAAAAUGAUAAUUUGACCAUAGCUAUGUCUUUUAUACACAAUAGUAUUAGAGACUGUUUUUACAAUAAAAUGAAAAAACAAAAGCAGACAAAAAUUACAGAUUACUUACAGUAA